AGGCGUCGAGCGGCCAAGGCAUGCUUUUCCUGCAACGCGAGGAAGGUCCGUUGUGACGUUACUGCCAACGGUGCUCCUUGCACCAACUGCAGACUGGACGAGAUUGCGUGCACGAUUCCAGUAAGGAAACGACGACAAGGCACAGAACCACACAACGAUGCCGCCGCUCAAGCCGCUCGACCAUCUGGCAGGGACGCAGACGACGCUCACAUUCGAUUAGCAUUGAAUUUCGGCAGUGUCGACGGACUAGCAGACCUGUCGCCGCAUUCGGCGCAUUCUCUCCCCGAGCGCUAUUCAAGGAACAACCAGAACCCAAGUCUGGCAACCGGACCAUCAGUCGGGCCUCGUCGCGCGUCCGCCCCUCUUCUGCACGAAGAUCGGACGCAGUCCAUGGGCGCACACGCUUCAUACGGCCUUCCUCGAUACAUUUCGCCUCUGCCGCCGCAGCUGGGAGUCGACGAAAUCGCACUAUUGCGGAAGAAGAACGCCUUGAAUCUGCCUUCACCCCAUUUGCAGGAUGCCCUUCUCCAAAGCUUCAUUGAAUACACUUACCCGUCCAUGCCCGUCCUGAACCUUCACGAAUUCUUGACGGCCAUCGAACGACGCGACGGCAAGCACACUAUCAGCCUGCUCCUACUCCAGGCUGUUUUGUUCGCCGGCGUCGCCACGGUUGACAUUCGGCAUCUGCGACACGCGGGAUACCAGACGCGUCAAACCGCGAGGCGAGACUUCUUUCAGAAGGUGCGACUGCUUUACAAUUUCGACUGCGAGAGAGACGAGGUCAUCCUCGUGCAGUCGUUACUCCUAAUGAGCUGUUGGGGCGAGGUCACAGACGAUGGUAAAGACAGUUCGCACUGGAUAUCGAUCGCGAACUCACUAUGCCACAAUAUCGGCUUGCAAGCUGCAGUCGCUGAACGGAACCAGAAAGAGCAGGCGUUGUGGAAGAGGCUUCGCUGGGUGGCUUACAUGCGCGAAAUACUUGUUGCCCUCGACCUGCAGCGUGCACCUCAAGCGGGCAGCAUGGAGUUUGACAUACCUAUGCUCACCGCUGAAGAUUUCGAGAUAGUUGCUUGGAGAAGAGGAGAGCAACAUCUGGCCGAGGCUUGUCUGGCAAGUGCAACGCCUACGAUGCAGCAGGAAAAGACCAUCAUAUGCGCAGAGCAAGCAAAGCUUUGCCUGAUUUUGCGUCGCUUGUUGUCUCUGCACUACAAUGCCUCUCAGCAUCAGGAGCACAGUGCGCUGGCGCGACAGCUCAGUGCAUUCAUCGAAGACACAGCCCCUUUCAACCUCGCAGGUGGGCUGCGUGGGGUGACCAUACAAGAGUGCGGCGACGCAUUGCGAGGAUGGGAAGGUAAUUUGGCGCCAGAGGCAAGGUGGACGCAGCCGUCGCGGCAAGACAUCAACAACGGACAGAGCAGCAUCAUCGUGCAGCGCUUGACGCUGCGCAUUUUAUUCCUCACGGCUAUCCUCACGCUUUACAGGCCACUUCCGCCUUCUUCCCCGUUAGUGGAGCCAGUCGACCAGCUACCCCUGUGGACAACAGACGAUAAUUCGACCGAACUCGUCCGGCAGACCGCCUCCGAAAUUACCGAAAUCGCCACAAUGGCGCUCGGUCUUGGUUUGGUGUCCAAAUUGCCCACGACAUUCGUCAGUGCACUCCGUGCCGCUGUGGCCGUCCAU